AUGCCGCUGAGCGAAGAUCCCACUGGCAAGGUGAUUGGGUUCAUUGGCCUCGGUGCCAUCGGCAAGAACAUGGCCGCCAAGACAAAACCCUGGGAGAUGAAGAUCAUCUACCACAACCGCAGCCGCCUGCCAGAGGACGAGGAGAGGAAACUGGACGCGACAUAUGUGUCUCUUGAUGAGCUGUACACGACAGCCGAUGUCAUCUCGAUCAACACACCGCUCACGCCGGAGACACGGCACCUGCUCAACGACGAGGCGUUUGCAAAGAUGAAGGACGGGGUGUACAUUGUCAACACGGCGAGGGGCGCAGUGAUUGACGAGGACGCCCUCGUCCGUGCGCUCGACUCUGGCAAGGUCGCCCGUGCCGGGCUGGACGUGUUCGAUCCCGAGCCGAAGCUGUCUUCCGCCCUGUUCUCCAGCGAUCGCGUCACCCUCCAGCCUCAUGUCGGCGCAUUCACCCGCGGUACCAUUCACAGGGGCGAGCGGGACGUGUUUGCAAACGUCAAGGCAUAG